AUGCAUUUUCUCACCACACUCAUCGCACUGGCUGCGACCACUACCAUUAUCACCGCGAUUCCCUUAUCGGAUACCCCUAUCACCACCAACAUCGAUACAACUCAGACUAAUUUGACCGUCGAAAAGCGAGGCUGGACUUACGGCUGGAUCGGGUCUCACCUUUCGCCCAACUGCGACAAAAAACUUCCUCUAGCCCCAAAUCAUAAACCUGGUCCCUAUGAAGACGGUCACGUCGUCGACCCACGCCCACAGCUUAUCAACAACGACGAAGAGCAUCCCGAGAAAAGUUGCAGAGAAUUCCAGCCAGUGACAGAUUGGAUCGGCUGGUCAUAUGGCUCAGGAAACAGUGGGAUCAGCACUGUCACUUUCUAUAAGUCUAUUGCGGAUUCCAUCAUGGCAGAUCAACGUUGGCGUCCUAAUGUCACUCGCUCUGAUGAUCCUUGUAUGUUAGUGCCUUUCUUGUUUACUGAUGGUGCGCACCAUCCAGGUGUCGUGGUAUGA